GUUGGGGUUCAUGAACUGCAGAUGCAGAACCGCAAGUUCGAAGGGUGGUUCCAGAGCUUCGGGACUCAGCUUUCCGAGAGCCAGGCUCAAGUCACCGACUUGCAGAGAACCAUGCAAGGCCAGCAGGCUGAUGUCGCCAAGCUUCGUGGUGAGGUUUCCUCUGCAGUGAGUUCCCUCAAAUCUGACAUGAACACUCGCCUUGAUGAUCAGCUGCAGCGCAUUGAGGCCUUGCUUAGCAAGAAAUCCAGGCACACUCCAGACAAGUUCGCAUCACCACCGGCGCUCCUGUCGCCCUGCGUCCCAACUCUCUUUGGGCUGGCGCCUGGUCUGGCUACUUUUCAUUGUGUGGGCGCCCUGCCAGUCAUCACUGCCAACAUCUAUGGGUACCCGGGACCCACCUUUCCUGAUGCCCGGGAGAGGACGGACCUCCUCUUCGAAGUUCUGACACGUGAAAUUGUGUUGGGGCGUACCGGAGUACGUGCCAUUGUCGGUGACUACAACCACCACCCCGACGUUCUGCAUCAAAUCAGCAUUUGGCGUAUGCAUGGCUGGCAAGAGGUACAAGUGAUCGCUUCUGAGAGAUGGGGCCACGCCCCGCAGCCCACCUCUAAGGGGGCAGCUUUCCGCGAUCACAUUUUUGUGAGCCCUGAAGCCGCCGCCUUGCUCAAUGCCGUUGAAGUGCGGGACAUCUUUGCAGAACAUAGCACCGUAAUUGCUAGUCUGUCUCUGGAUGGGGUUUUCCAGGCCCAGACUUGGCCAUUGCCCAGCGAAAUCCCUUGGGCACACAUCGACAUAGCUGCCUGGCAAGCCUCUGCCCCCGCCUCAGGUGCCAACAGCUCCGAUGCCACCACGUGGCUCAAACAAUUUGCCUCUGGCUUUGAGGCCAGUCUUGAUCGGCACGGCAAAUCGCUCCCCUCUGCUCGAAUGCCUCAUCGCUGUCACGGCAGGGCCUCCCGCACCAAGCCGAUGUACACUCGUGUUGUCACGCCUCCGUCCGCCUCUCGGGAGGGUGAGGAAGUAAUCAGCCAUAGCCUGCUCAGCCUUGAAGUUAAGCGAUGGUUCCAACAACUUCGUCGCUUGCAGCAAUCUCCAAGGCAAAGGGAUUCCAGGAUGGUUUUGCCCAAUGGUGGCAGCAUCGGCAAAUCAAGCUCCAAGGCUCGCCUGACUCCCUUCCGGGUCGCGUUUGAGGCCUGGAGCACUAGACAGCGACACUCGGUUCUGCGCGAGCGCUAUGCACAUGACAGCAAUCUUCUUUUCCGUGACCUUCGGGAUGACAAGCCUGAGCAGGUCCAGCUCGAUUCCGAUCUGGACACUAGGGGCACAUCAGAGUGGCGUCUUGAUGGCCAACCAGUUUUUCUCGCUUCCCCAGACCAUUGUGUUGCCACUAUCUCGCCGCCCAAGCGCAUCCCUGUUGAUGCCGAGCUUGAGCAGGAUCUCCCCUCUGAGCACUGGAAUCGUGUUAUCAACUUUGCUGCCGUGCACUUGCCCACGGGCCCGGAUGGUUUUGCCCUGGCCGACCUACGAAAUAUGCCAGACAGUCUUGCGGUUGAGCUGCUAAGUUUUCUCAGCUCCAUUGAGGCUGGUGUUCAGGUCUGGCCAGAACAGUGGCUGCUUGGCUUCGUUUGUGGACUUAAGAAGCCUAAUGGUGCCCUGGGCGCCGACGGCUACAGGCCAAUAGUGCUGCUCUCCAUUGUUUAUCGGUGUUGGAGUGGCUUGCGCGCCCGACAACUCCUGAAGCACUUCAAGGAUGUUAUGCCUGCCACCGCACUCGGUUUCUUGCCGGGUCGUGAAACAACAGACUUCUGGUGGCAGCUGGAGGCCAUCGUUGAGCUCUCCUGUCAAGGCGGCCUGGAGCUGUGUGGCUUUUCCACAGACAUCGUCAAGGCCUUUAAUGCUCUGCCACGUGAGCCCAUUUGGCGCAUCGCUGCACAAAUUGGCUUCCCGUCCUCUGUUCUCGUGCCAUGGCGGGAUUUCCUUGGCAGGCUCCAAAGGAGGUUUCUCAUUCGCCAGUGUGUAAGUGAGCCCCUACGUUCUCACGCAGGUUUCCCUGAGGGUUGUGCACUUAGCACCACUGCCAUGAACAUUGCCUGCUUGGUUUUCCACAGGUACUUGGAAGUGUUUGGCCGCAGCAUCUCCCCCCAUUCUUAUGUUGACAACUGGGCUUGCACGGCCCCCUCUGUUGGCCAACUUGCCCAUGGCCUCAACCUGUGUAGCUGCGUGAUGGACCUUCUCGACCUGACUCCGGAUGAUGGUAAAACCUAUGUUUGGGCAGUCCAGCCGGAUUCCAGAAAGCAGCUGAAAGCUUUGGGCCUCCCACUGUGUACUCACGCCAGGGAAUUGGGUGGGGUCCUUUCCUUUGGCAGGGCCACUCGCAACCUCGCUCUGGUUGAGCGCUGCCAAAACACUAAAGACCUGUUUGCCAGAUUACGCCGGUCACCUGCCACACUCAAGCAGAAGUUGUCCGUUCUCCCCCUCAAAUUUUGGGCCCGGGCUCUGCACGGCAUCUCGAUUUGCCCUCUCGCUGAAGCUCAGGUGCAUUCUUUGCGAUGCUCCGCUACCAAAGCACUUCGGAUUAACCCUGCCGGCAGCAGUUCCACACUGAGGUUAUCGGUCCAUUCCAACCUCGAUGCCGACCCCGGCUUCUUCCAACUGUGGGCCACGAUUCGUGAUCUUCGGCGUAUGUGCAGCAAGCACGACUCAGUGCUCUCCCUGUGGACUUCUUUCGUUCGUGGCUUUCGCGGCGAACUCCAACAUGGCCCAUUCUCCAAGCUUUUGUCUGUUCUCAACCGCAUCGGUUGGCAGAUCGCUCACCCUCCCCAGGUUGUUGACCAGCACGGCCUGGAACUUAAUUUGCUUCAGGUCCCUGACCUCACUCUGCGCAGGCUGCUCGAACAGGCUUGGCUCGAUCAAACAGCCACAGAACACAGACACCGGAAGACAAUGCAUGAUCUCUUCGGCAUUGAUCGUGCGCUGCUGAGGCAUUCGGAGCGAGGGCUUCCACCUCUUCAACUGGCCCGGCUGAAUGCCCUCCGAUCAGGUGCUUUCCUUUUCGAUGAUGCCCACAGCAAGUUUGACCUCAGCAUCACCGGAAUGUGUGUGCAGUGCGGGGUUGCCGACACCCCUGAACAUCGGGUUUGCUGGUGCCCACGCUUCCAGCAAGCGAGGACUGGAGUUGAAUGGGUCUGUCGCCUUUGGCCCGACCUCCCCUCCUGCACUACCCAUCACCUUCUAGCUCCAUCCUCGCCACAUGUCCCGCUCAUUCGCAAGUGUCUGCAGGCUACCCCUGAUCUAUCAGGCAACUUCGCCUCAUCAACCUGUUGCGCCGGCUUCCAGCACCUCUUCACAGAUGGCUCUUGCAUCUACCCAGAAGUUCCGGAACUAGCCCUGGCCUCGUGGGGUGUCAUGCACGCCGGCACGGGGCAAAUUAUCGGAUGCGGCCCA